AUGCACUCGAUCAAAAUAUCCAGCACGCCGCCCGUUGUCAACGCCGACCAUGGCUCAAUCAAAGAGUCUAGCACGCCGCGGGAUAACACUCCGUCCUUUGCUAACGCCACCCAAGGCUCGGGGUCCGCCGGCGACAACAACGUCGGCAGCCCGCUUGCAGCGCCUGCGCUUGAGCAUAGAGCUCCAGCUAGAAGGACCAGAGUCAAGCCACCUCCGACCCGAACGGUGCGCAGGAGCCUCCGUAUCUUCCGAAUGACUCACAAUUUAGGCCACUUCACCGCCACGGAAGGCUAUACCGAGAAAUCUGGAGCUUCCCGCCGCGCGCACCACUAG